UCCUGUUCUUGGUCCUCCCUGAGACCUCUGGUCUCCUAAGACCCCUCUUGAGCCGGGGUGGAGACACCUUCCGGUGGGUGGAGAAUGAAUACAGACAAAUUGGUGGCCCGGGGAAAAUGGAGACUGAGGAAAUCUACAUGAACCAGGUCAAGAUGCAGGCAGAAGCCUUUAAAGACAAGAAACGGCGAUCCCCAGACAACAAAGAAGGUGCAGAUGACCCUGCCUAUGAGAAUUUCACCUUGACCUUCAGAAAUCGUGACCAGCCAAAGGGCAGUCAUUCACCAGCCAAGAAUAAGGUCCCAUCCCAGUCCAGGCCUCCCUUGGACUCUGCCCAGGGCCUCUAUUCGUUGCACAGAGCCAUGGUGAGCCUGUCCCUCCUCCUCGCCCUGUCCUGCGUCGUUCUCUUGGCCUUGGUCCUGAUGAAGAAUUCCGAGAUGUCCCAGGAGCUGCUGAACUUGAAAGGGGAGCUUCAGAAUGUCUCCCUCUCAGCGCAGGGGUGCCUGGAGUUGCAGAAGGAGGCCUGGAGCACCCUCAAUCAGAGCACCAGGAUGGCAGUGCAGGGCAUUAACACGCUGAAGAACAAGGUCCAGGAACAGAGCCAGAAACUCUUAAGAGCCAUAAGUGAAACCAGGGCUAAGUUAGACGAAAUCGAGAUGCUGAAGAUGCCAAAUCCAAACCCCUCAUCUAAAUCAAUGAGAAGGCGUUGAAGCCCUGGCUGCAGCUGGGAGGACAAGAUUGCAUCCCUCAGUGAAGAUGGAAGAUGGGGGCCCCAGCCUGGUCCGAACCUGUCCUUCAUCCCACGUGUAGAAAAUCACAUAUCUUGGCAAAUGAGUGUUGUGACAUUACGUGUGUGUGUGCGCACAUGUGUAUGGGGGUAAGUAGUUCGGGGAGGGUGGGUAUUUCAGUGUGUCCCACAGGAAGGCGCUAUGGGUGAAGGUUGCAGGUGGGAGUCACACGCGUGUAGCAUGGUGUGUGUGAGUGUAAUGCAUGUCACGGUGGGUGGCCGUGUCAGCAGCAACCACAGAGGUGUGUCACUGUGGGGUGUGGGUGUUGGUGCUACAUGUUGUAUGUGCCCAUUUCAUUGUCAGUAUAAACACAUGUGUGCCCUGCGGGAUAAGUGUAUAAACGUGUCACUGCCUGUGCCAACGUGAACAGGUGUGUGUCAACAUGAGCAUGCCUGAUUAUGUCACCGAGGGGGUUCAGAGCGUGUGCCCAGACGUGUCCAUUUGUUUCUGCGCUCACUUUCCGUGAUUCAUGAAGAUAAAGGCCAAAGGGAAAGCAAA